UGCGUCAUCGCAUGUUUAGUAACAGCCAAUCGGAACAACACUAAGAAUAUUGAGACAACACCUCAGGGCGGAGAUCCGGUCAGGUGCAGAUCACUGGAGCUACCCGCUAGCUCAGCUCCACCUGAGGUUGACUAUUAGACAGUAGACUGCACUGCAUCUAAGCUAGUCACAACACUCGAGCUCACAUAGAUCACAUUAGAUACCCCGAUAUCACCUUCGAUCUCUUACUCUCGAUGGGUAGUAUCGGCACGACCAUGAAGGUUCUCAUUAUCGGAGCAGGCCCCGCUGGAUGUGCAUUAGCACAUGGACUCAAGAAAGCUGAUAUCUCUUACCGCAUCUUCGAUAAAGGCGAGGAUGUAUAUCGACAUCGUCACUGGGCGUUCACCCUGGGUUGGGCACGACCAUAUCUCCUGGGUCUGCUUCCCGAUGAGAUCGGCGCGCUGCUAGACACUUGUGCCGUCGAUGCAAGCAUUGAUUGCGCAGCGAUUGGCGAGGAUAGGAUCGUGCUCUAUAACGGAAAGACUCGCGAAGAAGCUUUCGCAUUUCCAAUCCCCAAGGCGAAAGAGAUGAAUAUCCGAAAACUGCGCAUCCUCCUCGCGGAGAGCCUCGAUGUGAAAUACGGGAAGAAGUUCAGUCAUUACGAGUUACCAUUGAAUAACGGAGUCAAGGUAUUCUUCGAAGACGGAUCAAGUGAACAAGGCGACGUUGUCAUUGGCAUUGACGGCGCAGGUUCCGCAGUGCGGCAGUGUCUGAUCGACCGCGGAGCCACUCAGGAGACGCUCCCCUUCGCACUGAUGAAUUUCAACGCAUCAUACACAAAGGAACAAGCUCUUUUUAUAAAGGAGCGUCUACAUCCGCUGGUCGACAUUGCGAUACACCCAGCAGGCCAUUACAUCCGAGCCAAUGUGCUCGACAUGCCGGAUGUCGAGGACCCAACCACAUGGACCUUUCAGAUCCUGUCGACUUGGCCACUGAAGAAUGUGGAGGACUACGAUAACGAUACAGAUCGGCUGAAGAGGUUGAAAGCGCACGUUGAGCGAGAUGGGUGGGCAGAGCCGUACAAGAGUGCGAUUGAGUGGAUACCCGAAGAAACCCCUGUGCUGAAGGAUCGGCUCAACAUCUGGAAGACAGAACCGUGGAACAAUCAAGACGGACGAGUGACAUUGUGUGGCGAUGCGGCGCAUGCGAUGACGUUUCACCGAGGUCAAGGAGCAAACAAUGCCUUCUUCUCCGCACACAGCCUGGUCGAAGCCCUCAGAUCCGUCCACGACGGUAUAUCUACUCUGAAAGACGCGAUAACCACCUAUGACGAGAGUAUACUGAAGCGCGGCGCAAGUGAAGUCCAGAUAUCCAAGUCGCAAAGCUUCUACACCCACGACUGGCCCAACUUCAUCAACAGCCCUGUCAUAACACUGGGAACAAAACCGAGUCACGCAGCAAAGAGCGAAGGAUACCAGUAGGUAUAUGAAAGUAUUCAUUAAAAGCAAGUGCAUCGUAUCAGCCGUGAAUCGAUGGUAUGCAUGCUAUGUAAAAACCUCAAGUUCCAUGUCGUCAUUAUCAUGCCAUGUACUUGUUGCGCAGGUUGGCCUUAACCUUGUCCUCAUAGUUAGACUACUUACUAUUAUAACGUACCUCACGGGCGAGUGGAAUACCGAGCGAGUGGAACACCUUUGCUAAGCCCCCACCAAAAUCAACCCUACUUUGGCCCAAAACAACCUACGUUGGCCCUGCACAGGGCAAAGCAACCUUUAAUAUUACUUAGAGACCUCUUCUACUCUAUCCUUGCAUGUUUGCGCGUUAUGUCUAGUCUUGUUAAACUGUUUACAGCGCCUUUUAGUUAGCUUAGCCCUAUCAGCGCGCACCUGCUUCUUUGCCUUCUUCCUAUUACUACGCUCCC